CGGAGCCAGUCUCGGCCGGCCGGGAGGAGGACGAUGCUCGGCCCGCCCAGUACCCUGUGCACACUGAAAUCCAACUCACCCAUGCCUAUUUCCUGUAAUGGAUGAACUUGAUGCUAAUGUGAGUUCCAAGGAGGGUUUUGGGUCAGUGGAGAAAGUCGUGCUGCUCACAUUUCUCUCGACUGUUAUCCUGAUGGCAGUCUUGGGGAACCUGCUGGUGAUGGUAGCUGUGUGCAGGGACAGGCAGCUCAGGAAAAUAAAAACCAAUUAUUUCAUUGUGUCUCUUGCCUUUGCGGAUCUGCUGGUGUCAGUGCUGGUGAUGCCCUUUGGUGCCAUUGAGCUGGUUCAAGACGUCUGGAUUUAUGGGGAGAUGUUUUGCCUCGUCCGGACAUCUCUAGAUGUCCUGCUCACAACGGCAUCGAUUUUUCACCUGUGCUGCAUUUCUCUGGAUAGGUAUUAUGCCAUCUGCUGCCAGCCUUUGGUCUAUAGGAACAAGAUGACACCUCUGCACAUCGCAUUAAUGCUGGGAGGCUGCUGGGUCAUCCCCAUGUUUAUCUCUUUUCUCCCUAUAAUGCAAGGCUGGAAUAACGUUGGCAUAAUUGAUUUGGAAAGGAUAUUCAAACCAAGGCUGGGCCAGGAUUUGCAUGUGAUAGAAAAAAGGAAGUUCAACAAGAACUCUAACUCUACGUACUGCAUCUUCAUGGUCAACAAGCCCUAUGCCAUCACCUGCUCUGUGGUGGCCUUCUACAUCCCGUUUCUCCUCAUGGUGCUGGCCUAUUAUCGCAUCUAUGUCACAGCUAAGGGGCAUGCCCACCAGAUCCAGAUGUUACAACGGGCAGGAGCCGCCUCAGAGGGCAGGCCCCAGCCAGCAGACCAACAUAGCACUCAUCGCAUGAGGACAGAGACCAAAGCAGCCAAGACCCUGUGCAUCAUCAUGGGUUGCUUCUGCCUCUGCUGGGCUCCAUUCUUUGUCACCAAUAUUGUGGAUCCAUUCGUAGACUACACUGUCCCUGGGCAGGUGUGGACUGCUUUCCUCUGGCUUGGCUACAUCAAUUCUGGGUUGAACCCCUUUCUCUACGCCUUCUUGAAUAAGUCUUUUAGACAUGCCUUCCUCAUCAUCCUCUGCUGUGACAAUGAACGCUACCGAAGACCUUCCAUUCUGGGCCAGACUGUCCCCUGUUCAACCACAACCAUUAAUGGAUCCACACAUGUGCUAAGGGAUGCAGUGGAGUGUGGUGGCCAAUGGGAGAGUCAGUCCCACCCCCCAACAACUUCUCCUUUGGUGGCUGCUCAGCCCAGUGACACUUAGGCCCCUGGGGCAGUGACCCUGAAGACAGCCAUCCCUCCAAGAGAGGGCCAGGUCCUAAGCUGCUGCUCGUGCCUGACUGCACCCGGUAUUCUCUUCACCCAGCAUUCCAUCCAUUGGUGCAGGCACCCCAUGCCCAUCGGGCUUUUCCUUCAGGAUUCCAGCAGGUGGCAGGGGAGAGGAGGCUCCCUUGUUCACUGGGGGUUCUCCUCCAGAGAUCCCCCUUGAAGGGAUCUUUUUAUUUCCUAGCACUCCCUCUUCCCGGCUUCAUAGUCACCCGGGCCUCAUAGUCUCUGUUGUCCCCAAUAUAUCCCCUUACUGUGUCUGGUUUGUCUCACUCAUGUUUCAAACACAGUCACUCACUGUGUCCUAUAUCUCAGUCAUAGAUGUCCGCAAAUAUUCCUUCUUUGCUGUGCCUGCUCACAUACACUGUCAACACACAUCCUCCCUGCACCUGCCUUGGUCAGAGUUGUGUUCCAAAAGCACGCAUCUCUUGCUUGUUUGUGUUUGUCACAGCCAUGUUAAAACUACUCACCAGCUCAUCUCUUUCCUGCUCUGUGCCAGACACUAAUACACUUUCCUCCCAGAGUGUGGGUCCAAAUGUGCAUCCUCCUGGCCAGCCCCCCAUGUCAGUCACAGACUUCCACUUGCUUUACCUUAUGUCCAUGUCAGUCCUCCUCUUCAGGACCUGCUCCAUUUAUUCACCAUGGAAGAAACAGGGCAAAGAUCCUUCAGAGGAAAACAGGCUCUGCAGCAACCUUGGAGGGAAGCUGAAGACAGACAGCUCUCUGCCAGUGCCAUGGCCUCAGGCCCUCCUGCUGUGAAACGCUCGCUUUCCUGGAACAAAUCUUCUCCUAAAGCGCCUUGGGCAGGGCUGGCGGCAUCAUAGUGUUUAUUGAAAGACUUUGGAAUCUUUCCCACGAGCUUGUAGCAAAGCCCAUGGUACCAAUUUAUAACCCUUGAAUCUGGCCUUGCUGCUCCCAAAGGAGAGAACAAUUGGAGACGCACACUGCCGAGACUUGUCACUCACUGCAGUUUCCCCAGGUGGAGGAGGCAGAACCAAGCAGCGCUUGGGGUGGAAAACAGUGCUUGACUUCAAGUCAGAGGACCCGAAUUCCAGCCCUGGCUCCACUCCUAACAUGUGGGAGAUUGUGACCUAUGCCCUUCCAUCCCUGGACCUCACUUUCUGCAUCUGUCAACUGAAGUUUGGACCAGAGGAUCUCUAAGAUUCUGUUCUGUUUCUAUGACAACAGGAUGCUGCUAUAGCCAUCAGCUACCUCAGAAAGGUGUGGCCUGCCUGCCUUUUGACUUUGUUUCAGAGGAACUAGCCACCUCAUCUGGGCCUUCUAGACCCUUGACUUUGCCAGCUUUGCCCUUCACAUAAACCUGGAUGUCUUUCAUUCAAAGCUAAGUUCAUGGCUCUUGCCACCUGCCCCAGAGUGAAGGUCCCAGGGAGGUAAAUGCCACCACAUCCCAGAAUGGUGUGAGAUUUCAACUUUGGUCUUGGCUGUGAUUUGAUAGCAUCUCAGGACUUCAUCAUACUGUCCUUGUUCUUGCUGCUUAAGAAGUCAGAUGUCAUUUCCAUUGACGUUUACUUUAGUUCUGGAAUUGCACCAGACUGAAAAGAGACUUGGAAUGAGGAAGAGAAGAUUGCCCCAAACCAUCUAAAU